GAAAAGAGGAUUUUACGCGUUUGCUUUUGUGUUUCUAUUAUAUAAUCGCAGAUAUGAUUGUAAACGUCGUCAUGUGACCGUAUCAUGGAGCGCACCGUCGGUUUAAUCGUAAAUAAGAGUGCAGUGACGUCGCAGUAGGAUCUGCUCCAUCCAGUCUCGUGUUGGUUUCGGUACUGUAGAUCUCCAUCAUGGGUAGACUGGACGAUGCUUCCAAGCGCAAAGUCGUGGAGCUACGGGAAGCAGGUUUGAGUUUCCGGAAGAUCAAAGCUGUGCUGGAGUUGGAGAACAUCAAGGUGUCUGCGCAGGCCAUCUACCUUUUCCUGAAAGAGUUUCAAGGGAGAGCUCGGAAGGAGGACGGAACGGCGGUGGGUAGCAGCCAAGCGGGGUCGACGUCGGCCAGGGAGGCGGGCAGCGGCGAGGCUCGACAGGGUACCUGGAGCAACCAGCAGUUGAGAAACCUCCUCAGAGAAGCAUCCCGGGUCGCAGCCUCUCAGCUGAAUGCAGCCUCCUCAGAUGCAAGAGGUGGACAGUCUUCUGGGACGGCAGUGAGAAGCGAAGCAAGGGAGGGGGAUAAAGACGAGGAUAUCCGGAUUGUCAGCGUUACGUCUUUGGCACAGGGCGCGCAGCACGCCGGCAUCCAGGGGCCACGAGCUGGGACCGGCACGGGCACGACCAGCGGGGCUGCUUUUGUGAGACGGCGACACACACCCUCACCUGCCAACCCUGUGCUGGUGGCUCGCAAGAGACUGCUGGAUAAAGCGUUGCUUCACAGAGCAAGGGUAAGGGACGGUGGACCCCAGACAGGUCAGCAGGUGCCGCUGUCAGUUAGAAGAGAUCAGUCAUGUUUCUCUGGUCCUGAUGGGAGAAAAGUCGAGUUACCUCAGACGGCUUCAUUCGACCUCACAGCAUCCAGAGCUCCAAACAUUAGAGGAUCGCACCCAGGACCCAGUCUUGCCAGGAAAUGGAUCCAGCGGAUGGGCACUCCAGUUCGCUCUCUUCAAAAUCCUCCUCGUGUGGGCGUCCGACUCCCUGACCCGGCCACCGCUGGAAGUACAUCCCACAAUGCCGUUCCACCCGCACGGGUCCAAAACGUGAACAGCCAGGCUUCACUUCCUCUCCAGAGGACCGGCUUCGACCCUGCCGCUGUGAGCGGCCUCCAGGAGCAGAUCCAGUCCUUGAGCUCGGAACUGAGAAAUCUGGGCGUAGCUUUGAGGAUGAUGGUGGAACAACAAGGCCGGCUGGAGAGAGAACAAACCCAGCAGACUCAAGUCCAGAAGCAGAUCCUCGGCACCCUUCAAGAUUUGGCAACCAAAUUGGAGCCGUGCAACGUGCUUCAGUCAACAUCUGCUCCAACGUUAUCAGCGUCAUGUUCGCUGGCCUCCGCCGAGCCUUUUAGUCAGACCGCCGGGAGUCAGGGCGUCUACGCUCAGUGCAGUCAAGCCCAGACACGAUACAACGAGAUCCACGACUCGGGUCUCGAGGGCAUUGAGCCGUUCUCUCUGGACCAGCUUAGCCCACCUGCCAUGAACGGGUUUCAGCAGUGCCCGACCACCGGCGUGCCCUCGUUCACCCAUGCACAGACACGCACGGGGAUGUUCACGCAGGCGCACACGCAAACAUUUGCUCAUUCUCCGUUUCAGUCACACGCAGACUCGUACACGGGGAUGGAGAGAAAACCAGCAGACAUGCCUUCUACCAGUGCAGACGGGACGUUCCAGGCUUGUAGCCCACAUAACCAGAACUCCAGUCUUCCAGUGUCUCCACAUCAGGCCGAGCUGAACAUUAUUAAAGUGGAGAAUGUCUAACAAUGAGGCAACGUGCAAUGCAAGCACAAGAGAAAACUAAAGGGGCAGAUCACCCUCAAAUAAAAAUUGUGUGUAUCAUUUAUUCAUUGUAUCAUUCAUCCAAACCUGUUUGACUUCCUUCUGCAGAACACUCAAGAAACAAAUCUGACCAUCAUUGACUUCCACCGGAAAUCAGAGACAUUUCUCGUAAUAUUUUAUUUUGUGAUCCACUGAAGAAAAAGUCAUGUACAGGUUAAGAAUGACAUGAGGGUGAAUAAAUGAGUUUCCUUUGGGAUGAACGAUCCCACUAAGUUAAACGCAACAUUAUUAAGCAGUAUUGUAGCAUUGUUUAGGAGAGACCUUUGUUUAUUUUAUUGUACGUGAGACUUUCGUCAGACCAGCAAGAAACUGACCAAGAGAACAUUUCCCCCCCAUGUUGUCUUUUUUUAUUUAACAGUCUGUUUCUGAAAUUUUCAUAUGCAAAUAAAAUAAACAUCUAACAGAUU